AUGUAUCGUAAGCCUUUUACUGAGAGAGUAGACCGUAUUUCACUUCCCAGAGGAUUUCGACCUCCUGAUUUCUCUUUGUUCUCUGGAAAACACGCCCAAUCAUUCAUGGAGCAUAUAGCUUACUUUAUUAUUCAGUAUGGUGAAGUUGGCUCGGAAGACGAUUACAAACUCAAAUUGUUUGGGAACUCUGUCACGUUUAUAACCUUCUAUUGGUAUAUCAAGUUACCCAAUAACUCUAUUGAUACAUGGACAGAAAUGGAAGAGACUUUCUAUAAGCAAUUCUACAAAGAAGAACCAGAAGUCACGGAGGAGGAUUUGUCAAGAAUCACUCAGUUUCUAAGAGAGUCGAUUGAGUCGUUUCUUACCAGGUUCAAGGAAGCCAGACUUCGAUGCAACUUUGAGAUUCUAGAAGGAGAAGUGGUGGCAUUGGCAAUGAAAGGGAUGCUUGUUCAAUUUAGAAAGAAGUUCGACGACUUGGACUUCCAAGACUUCUAUCACCUAACUAUCAGAUUUGUCCGCUAUGAAAGAGAGGUGGCUGUAGCCGAGAUUCUAAGCAAGAAGUACUACAUUUGCAAAUAUAUUAUCAAGUUAGAACCUCCUAAGCAGCCAGCUACAGGAUUGUCCAAGUCAGUCAAAUUCUAUGCUUAUGACGUAUCCAAAAUAGAGAAGAUCUUUGAUUGCCUUCUGGCAUACAAGAUUAUCAAGCUACCUCUAGGGCAUAUAAUUCCUCCUCCAAAAGAAAUUCAGAAGAAAACUUAUUGUAAGUACCACAACUCUUGGAGUCACUUUACCAAUAAUUGUGUAGCUUUCAGGAAUAAAAUUCAAGCAAGGAUAGAGAGAGAAGACUUUAUUGUUCUCGAACCAGCAAUGGGAGUGGAUUUUGAUCCAUUUCCUCCAGAGAUGGGAGCUCAUAUGGAUUCAAUCAACAUAGGCCACAUGCCUAGUGAUCGUUAA